AUGUCGUCGGAAGAAUAUGCAGAGUGUUUGCUUGAGAACAAGCACCAUGAGGAUUGUCCAGGCUGCAAGGUUGAUCAAAUGAAGAGGCUUCGUCGAGGGUUCCCUUUCUGGGAGCUUUGUACCGUUUGGAUCAUCGUCCUCUGCACCGCUCUGCCUAUUUCGUCUCUUUUCCCAUUUCUUUACUUUAUGAUUGGUGAUUUUAACAUAGCAAAGAAAGAAGAGGACAUUGGUUUCUACGCUGGAUUUGUUGGUUGUUCUUUCAUGCUCGGUCGAGCUUUGACAUCGGUUAUAUGGGGAAUUGUGGCUGAUCGUUACGGUAGAAAACCUGUAAUCCUCAUAGGAACUGCUUCAGUGGUCAUUUUCAAUACUCUGUUUGGUCUAAGUUUGAAUUUCUGGAUGGCUAUUGUCACAAGGUUUUGCCUUGGUAGUUUCAAUGGUUUACUUGGUCCUAUAAAGGCUUACGCGAUGGAAAUAUUCCGUGAUGAAUAUCAAGGUUUAGCACUCUCAGCUGUUAGUACAGCAUGGGGCAUUGGACUCAUCGUUGGCCCUGCUUUGGGAGGUUUUCUUGCUGAGCCUGCAAAGCAAUAUCCAAGUUUGUUCUCAGAGGAAUCGAUUUUCGGGAAAUUUCCCUACUUCUUGCCGUGCUUUGCAAUAUCUAUUUUUGCAUUGUUGGUGACCAUAAUUUCGUUAUGGAUUCCGGAAACAUUGCACAAUCACAAGUCUGAUGAUGAUUCCUCACAUGAUAAGUCUUUUGAUGCUCUCAAAGACCCUGAAUCUCAUCAAGCGUCAGAGAGAAAUGAAGAAACCUCUCUCUUGAAGAAUUGGCCACUAAUCUCAUCUAUUAUCGUCUACUGCAUCUUUUCACUUCAUGAUAUGGCUUACACAGAGAUCUUUUCAUUGUGGGCAAAUAGCCCGAGGAAAUACGGAGGUUUGGGAUACUCCUCUGCAGAUGUUGGUUCUGUUCUUGCAAUUUCAGGUUUUGGUCUCCUUAUCUUUCAGCUUUCGCUCUACUCUUACGCGGAGAGGCUUUUAGGACCCAUCAUAGUUACACGUAUAUCCGGGAGUCUGGCUUUAGUUCUCUUAGCAUUUUACCCACUAAUAGCAAAGUUAUCUGGUUUCGCGCUUACACUGACGCUAAAUUGUGCAUCCGUAGCAAAGAAUGUCUUAAGCGUGUGUGCUAUAACUGGCUUAUUCAUCCUUCAAAACAAGGCAGUGAGACAAGACCAAAGAGGAGCGGCUAAUGGGAUUGCCAUGACAGGGAUGUCUAUUUUCAAAGCAAUAGGUCCAGCAGCAGCAGGAAUCAUAUUUUCUUGGAGUGAGAAACGUCAGGAUGCUGCUUUUCUCCCUGGAACCCAAAUGGUAUUCUUUAUCUUGAAUGUGGUAUUGGCACUCGGAGUUGUAAUGACGUUCAAACCGUUUCUAGCUGAAACACAAGAAGAACACUAG